AUGGGAAAGCCAGAGACUACACCAUUGAAGCGAACGGCUUCCUCUGCCUCGCUAUCCAGCACGUCGACCGCGUCGUCGCUCUCCGACGAAUCGGCGUUUCUCGCUGACGACUCCCUACCCCAGCCGCGAGACACGGUCGGAAUGAACAGCGGAGAGGACCGAUACCGCGAUAUUGAAGAUGGGGAAGGAGAUCCGGAGGAACCGUUUCUGCCUGUGCGUCCCAAGAAGGCUUCCGGAAGCCGUUCACGACGCGUGCUGUGGGUGUUGGGGAUGCUUUGUGUGGGAGGCUGGGCGCUGGCGUUCCUCCUCUUCGUGACACAGGGCCACGGCACGGCCAGCACGGCGGCAACAGCAACGACAGCCUACGAUCCAGACUCUGCUACGGGGAGCACAAACUACGGGAGGCCCGUGACGCUGGACCAGGUUCUCGGCGGGGAGUGGUCGGCUCGUCGCCAUGCUAUCUCGUGGAUUGCCGGGCCGAACGGAGAAGACGGGCUUCUGGUGGAGAGGGGGGAAGGAGGGGAUAAAGGAUACCUGCGUGUUGAAGAUAUACGCAGUCGCAAGGAGGGAGCUGAGGCAGCGGCACAGAGCAGGGUGUUAAUGAAGGAUUCCUUCCUGCGUGUGGGCGAUCGGAUGGUCGCGCCGAGCGACCUCUGGCCCAGUCCGGACAUGGAGAGUGUCCUGAUCGUCUCGGACAGGGAGAGUAACUGGAGACACUCCUUCUUCGGCAAAUACUGGAUUCUUGAUGUCAAGACUCAGACCGCUCAGCCUCUCGACCCGAGCAAUACCGAGGGACGGAUCCAGUUGGCUCUCUGGGCGCCAACGUCCGAUGCCGUCGUCUUUGUUCGAGACAACAACAUGUACCUCCGGAACCUAGCUUCUACCGAGGUGAUCCCCAUCACGAAGGAUGGUGGAGAAGAUUACUUCUACGGCGUGCCUGACUGGGUCUACGAGGAGGAGGUGUUUGCUGGGAGAAGUGUGACGUGGUGGUCGAGUGAUGGCAAAUACAUCGCCUUUCUGCAAACCAACGAAUCGACGGUCCCUGAAUACCCUGUCCAAUAUUUCCUGUCUCGCCCGUCUGGCACGAAGCCUCUUCCUGGCCUGGAGAACUACCCGGAGGUCCGUCAGAUCAAGUACCCCAAGUCCGGUGCGCCCAACCCGGUUGUCGCACUGCAAUUCUACGACGUAGCAAAGAACGAGGUCUUCUCCGUUGAUAUUCCAGGCGACUUUGCUGACGAUGACCGGAUCAUCAUCGAGGUGUUGUGGGCCUCCAAGGCCAAGGUUCUUGUCCGGGAAACCAACCGCGAGAGCGACGUGUUGAAGCUGUUUCUCAUCGACACAGAAUCAAGGAGCGCCAAGUUGGUCAGAUCGGAUGAUGUGGCAGGUCUGGACGGUGGCUGGGUUGAGCCCACUCAAAGCACCAGGUUCAUCCCGGCGAAUCCUGAACGAGGUCGGCCUGACGAUGGAUAUAUCGACACCGUCAUCCAUGAGGGCUACGAUCACCUGGCUUAUUUCACCCCUCUUGACAACCCCAAUCCCAUCAUGCUCACCUCCGGAGAGUGGGAAGUGGUCAAUGGUCCCUCGGCGGUGGAUUUGGAGAGAGAUCUCGUUUACUUUGUAGCGACAAAACAGGCCCCGACCGAACGUCAUGUGUAUCGGGUCAAGCUGGAUGGAUCUGGAUUCCAGGCUCUGACGGAAACUUCCAAAGCCGGAUACUACGGCGCCUCCUUUUCGCACGGGGCUGGAUACGCGCUGGUCAGCUACCAGGGCCCCUCGGUUCCCUGGCAGUCGUUGAUCAGCACCCAAGGGGCUGAAGCCGUGACGGAGGAGGUGAUCGAAGAGAAUCCCGAGCUCUCACGCAAGGUGAAAGAAUACGCUCUCCCCAUCGAGAUCUACCAGAAUGUGACGAUCGAUGGAUAUACCUUUCAAGUGGUUGAGCGGCGCCCCCCGCACUUCAAUCCGGCGAUGCAAUACCCCGUCCUCUUCCACCUCUAUGGCGGGCCAGGCUCACAGACGGUCGAUCGGAAAUUCACCGUUGACUUCCAGUCUUACGUUGCGUCCAACCUCGGGUAUAUCGUCGUCACCGUUGACGGGCGAGGGACCGGCUAUAUUGGCCGCAAAGCCCGGUGCAGCGUCCGUGGGAACCUGGGCUACUAUGAGGCUCAUGACCAGAUCGAGACGGCCAAGAUCUGGGCCAGCAAGAAGUACGUGGAUGAGACUCGGAUGGCUAUCUGGGGAUGGAGCUUCGGAGGCUUCAUGACUCUCAAAACGUUGGAGCAGGAUGCUGGCGAGACGUUCCAGUACGGGAUGGCCGUCGCACCCGUCACGGACUGGCAGUUCUACGACUCCGUCUACACAGAGAGGUACAUGCACACGCCUCAGCAUAACCCGGAAGGGUAUGCGAACUCUACCAUCUCCGACAUGUCCGCCCUGCAGAAGAACACUCGGUUUCUCGUCAUGCAUGGUGUCUCGGACGACAACGUGCACUUCCAGAACACCCUUGCCCUGCUCGACAAGCUGGAUUUGGCCAGUGUCGAGAACUAUGAUGUCCAUUUCUUCCCUGACUCGGACCAUAGCAUCUACUUUCACAACGGCCACACGAUGGUCUACGAACGUCUUGCAAGCUGGCUGAUCAACGCCUUCAACGGUGAAUGGCAUCGGAUCGCCAACCCUACGCCAGACGACUCGAUGUGGGCACGUGUGAAACGGGCCUUUUCUCUUUCUUGA